AUGGGAUCCUCUGGAAGCCGGGUAACAGCCACUUCUCCUCCGUCUCACAGACGGCGCAACAGAUUCCCUCGAGCGCAGAGCCGCAUGGCUUCCAGUUCGACCAAGGCCAUGGAGCAGAGGGACACGCUACGACAAGCGGCCAGGGAGACGGUGGACGCCGUGGGCAAGAUUCUGAGCCAGCUGCCGUCUGUCGAUAUCGGCCUGUCGACAAAGUACUCGUUCAACUCUCUGCGACACCUCGGGCCGAACCAAGGCGUCGCUUUCCCCCAGCCGGCGACCAUCCAAGUCGUCAACGAGGACACUCUCAACGCGGCCACCAAGCUAUGGACAUUGUCGCAGGCUCACGGCAGCAGCCGCCCGGUCAUUGUCAACUUUGCAAACGCGCGCACGCCCGGCGGGGGCUGGCUGAACGGCGCCAUGGCCCAGGAGGAGGCCCUUUGCUAUCGCAGCUCGCUGGCGUACAGCCUCAACCCGAAUCACUAUCCCCUGGCCGUCGACGAAGGAAUAUACAGCCCAAACGUGCUUGUCCUGCGCAACGACGUGGCGUCGGGGCACCAGCUACUGGUCCCUCACACGCCCGUCGCCGACCUGCCCGUUGUCAGCGCCGUCACCAUCUCGGCCAUCCGGCAGCCCGCGGUGCGAACCGUUCAGCUGGGCAAUGCCAAGGCGCAGCGUGUCUACGCCCGUGACAGGGACCGCCGCCUCACCAAGGAAAAGAUGAGGUUGGCGUUGCGCAUGGCCGCCAUCCACAGUCACGACUUGCUCGUUCUCGGCGCCUUUGGCUGCGGCGUGUUUGGGAACCCUCCGCACGAUGUGGCCCAUUGUUGGCUUGAAGUCCUGCGGGAGCAGGAGUUUGGUGGCAACCGGUGGCGCGAGGUGUGGUUUGCCGUCUUUGAUCCGGACAACCACGGCAACUUUGAGACAUUUCGCCAGAUACUGUCCGGAAAGAAAGUCUGA